CCUAGAGAGGCACAUACUGUACAUUUUUCUCAGACUGCAUUCCCAGCGGUAUCCUUCUGCACUCUGUGUCUCUGUCGUCAUCAUGAAUCAUCCGCGCAAUACCAACUUCUCGCUCAUAAGGUAUGUAAGGAAGUAAGGCAUCCAUACGAAGUAUCAAAUGUCAGUAGUUUCGCUUGACUAGUUGUAUCGAACUACUUCAAGCCGUAUUCAUCCAUUAUUCACACCAGGGUCCAUCCUAUUCUAUACUCAAUAAUCAACAUGUCCGGCCCCUUCAUCCCCAUCAUCCCCCUCUGCUUCCAAUGCGGCACGGACCAGAAUCCCUGCCGGUGCAAAUUCGUCGGGCCAACAUUAGGAUUCUUCACGACUAUUGUGGCUGCUGUUGUUUGCUACCCGGCGUCUCUCUUUUGCGGUUGUUGCUUCACGAAGACCGGGAAGGACAUGUUGGGGUAUCCGGUCAAGUUGAAUGGGAUUGUUUCUGAUGCGAUACCAAUAUAGUUUUGACUCGUUCAAGAUGAUGUCGGCGUAUAUUAGGUGUAUAUUCACUAUCUGUUUCUGAAAUAUACUAGUAGGUCAGAUAGCUUAAUUUAUCAUCGAGAAUGGUGGUGAUGAUG